UAAAAACUUUCGUAUAUAAGCUACAAAAAUGCAUCAUCUAUCGCCACCGCCAUCGCCGCAUUCACAGCAGCCGAGUCCAGCUGGUUAUGCGGCUGUUGCAGCUUUAGAUAAGGAUAAGCAAUGGAUGCAAAGAGCUUCGGCUUUCAAUACUGUGAUAGCUUCAGCUGCAGCACAGAAACUGAAUAGUAGAGAUCUACCUUUUCUGUAUAAUCCUUUACUAUAUUCGAGUGCUUUGCUAUGGCCUCAGUUUCUGCUAUCUUCGGCCUCGGCAUUAGGAACUCCUUUGACACCUAUGACACCAAAAUCACCAGCAUCGAUUGUGCUAAAUCAACGUGAUCGAGAUUUUGCUCUAACACCAGAGAAAGAACAAGAGAUUCAAAAUAAUAAUAAUAAUAAUAGCACUAGCAGCAUUGGCAAUCAAUUGCUUAUGCAACAUCAUCAUCAACAGCAACAACAGCAGGAGCUGCUACAGCAACAGCAGCAGGAUGAGGAUAUGCCAUUGAAUUUGAGUACUAAACAUUUGAAAUCUGAUUCGGAUCAAGAGGAUCAACACCACCGUCAUCAUCAUCAUCAUCAUCAUCAUUCGAAUAAUAGCAGCAGCAGUCGUAGCAGCAGCAGCAGCAAUGCCAGUUUAAGUGAUGUGGAGCAUCCUUUGCAAUUGGUUAGUCUAAACAAUGUGACACCGCCGCCAUUGAGGGCAGUGAAUCUAAAGAGCAAUGGCAGCGUAACGCCACAGCAGAGAAGAUCACAGGGUAAUAUUAUUUGGUCACCGGCCUCAAUGUGUGAGAGAUCAGCGCGUGUGGGUCGAGGAGAUUCCAAAAUGAAUGUCCACGAUGUGGAUGCUGAUGCUGAUGGGGAUGAUGCGAUGGACGAUGGUGAGGAGGAAGAAGAUGAAUAUCAUGUGGAUCCAAUUGUUAGAAAAUUUAAAUAUGAACGUAGAUCGGCUGCCUCAAUAGCAUCGCUUCAAUCGCCAGUAUCCUCAUUGACAUCAUCCCAACAACACCAGCAACAGCAACAGCAGCAGCAACGCCAGCAGCAUCAUGCCACAAAUGUCCAAGAUUUGGACUUUGAGACAGCUCAACAACAAUUGUAUGCCCAUCGUAGUGCCUUUAUGGCUGGCCUUACGGGCAGCAAUCUUGAGUUGCUUACCCAACAUUUAAAAUCGCAGCAACAGCAACAGCAGCAGCAGCAGCAUCAACAACAACAACAACAACAUAUUAAGGCUGAGGCAUCCAGUGAUCCGCAGGCGGCUCUGAUGGGUCUCGUUGCUGCGGCCGAAUUUGGUUAUAUGCGUAAUCAACACCAGCAACAACAGCAAGCUAACAGCAGCAAUUCGUCCUCUUUGGCACAGCAACAACAGUUGCAGGCGCAGCAACAACAUCCUGACUCAACUGCCACAGAUGUUGCACGACGUUCGUCCUCUUCAUCAUCAUAUCAAGGCGAAGGCGAGGAGAAACGUACCGGUAGAAAUUUUCAGUGUAAACAAUGUGGCAAGAGUUUCAAGCGCUCAUCAACCCUAUCCACACAUCUGCUCAUCCAUAGCGAUACACGGCCAUAUCCCUGCCAGUAUUGUGGUAAACGUUUUCAUCAAAAGUCCGAUAUGAAGAAGCAUACCUACAUACAUACGGGUGAAAAACCGCACAAAUGCACAGUGUGUCUGAAAGCCUUCAGCCAAAGCUCCAACCUGAUCACACAUAUGCGCAAGCAUACAGGGUAUAAACCCUUCGGCUGUGGCCUCUGUGAUCAAUCGUUUCAACGCAAAGUGGAUCUUCGGCGGCAUCGCGAGAGUCGUCAUGAGGAGGCGGCUCCCCUCACAGGUCCCUUAACACCACCACCCGCUAUCAAAAUGGAGGUCAGCAGUAGCAGUUGCUGAACACACACACACACAACAAUGAGAAAAACAAAAAACAAAACAAA